UUUGGAAAAUGUAUUGCAGCAGGAAGUCUCAUUUCAGAUGACGGUUGGGGGAGAUGUUAUUGGGCUGAAAUGGUUAGCAACUGCUUGAGCGACAACGCACGAUUCAGUUAUAUCGAUACCACACUGCUACAUAACAUCAAGACCGGAGGGACGUUAGCGUCUAAAUAUGGAACUAACAAAUACAACAAUCGUUUAUUCAUAUAUGACGGCAAAAAUCAGGAUGGAAGAAAUUUCGAAAACAAUGAUAAUCACCGCUUGAAACAAACAGCUGCUGGAUCUUUAUUUCUUUACGACAACUCAGUGAACUCUUGUGCUCAGCCUAAUGGAAUUUAUGUUGAUCAGAAAAAAGACGGAUGCAGCGACACAGCCGAACAAAAGUUUACUUUUGGUAAUGAAUAUAUAAAAUUUUAG